AUGAGCGCUGUUGUGAGCAGAACGAGGGUGGCCUUCUUUCCCGGGCGGAGGCACUUUUCAUCAAAGAAGGACUACGACGUAAUCGUGAUAGGCGGCGGGCCGGGGGGGUACGUGUGCAGCAUCCGGUGCGCGCAGAACAAGCUGAACGUCCUGAACGUUAACGAAGAUAAGAAGCUGGGAGGCACGUGCCUGAACAGAGGCUGCAUACCCUCCAAGGCCCUCCUUCACAUUGCCCACAAAUAUUACGAAGCAAAAAACAAAUUUAAGCAAAGCGGCAUUAUCAUAGACAGUGUGCAUCUGGAUGUUGAGGCCAUACACAAGCAGAAAAACAAAUGCAUGGGGAAUCUAGCCGACGGAAUCACCUACCUGUAUAAGACGAACAAGGUUAACCACCUGGUGGGGCAUGGGAGCAUCGUAGAUGGGAACACCGUUUUGGUAAACAGCGAAGGGAAGGAGAAGCUAGUGACUGCGGAGCGUAUUGUUAUCGCAACGGGGUCUAAGCCGAUAGAGAUUCCAUUAAAGAAGCUGAAUGAGGACACCGCAAAGGAGGCAGAGACAGUUGAGGAGCUCCUUCAGUACGACCACCAAGUGAUACAGACAUCGGAUGACAUCCUUAACUUUAAGAAGAUCCCCAAGAAGAUCUCCAUCAUUGGUGGUGGCGUCAUAGGGUUAGAAAUAGGUUCUGUUUUUGCCAAAAUGGGUUCAGAUGUCACCAUUUUUGAGUACAACAGCAGGUUAUGCACCUUCCUAGAUGCAGAUGUAAGCAAGGUGCUCCAAAAAACGCUCGAAAAGGUGAAAAUCAAGUUUGCCUUCAACUCAUCCGUGGUAGGGGGGAGUGUGCAAAAUGGGGAAGCUACCUUAUUUGCCAAAAACGCAAAGACAAAGGAGAUACAAAAGGUAACAUCCGAUGUCGUUCUCGUCUGCGUUGGUAGGAGACCCAACUUUGACGACCUGAAUUUGGAAAAGCUAAACGUCCAGCUGGGCCAAAACAAAAGACUACAGGUGGAUGCUUCCUUCGGGGUCGCUUCCCACCCAACUAUAAAGGCCAUCGGGGAUGCAAUCGACGGACCUAUGCUGGCUCACAAGGCAGAAGAAGAAGGGUACAUCCUGGCCAACAUCCUCCUCAGCGAGUUAAAGCUAAAGAAGCCCAAAAAGUCGCACCUCAAUUACGACUUGGUACCAAGUGUUAUAUACACCCACCCGGAGGUCGCCAGCGUAGGCCUAAAUGAAGAGAGGUGCAAACAGAGGAAUCUCCCCUACAAGGCAGUCACCUUUCCCUUUGCUGCAAACAGCAGGUCUCGAACCAUAGAUGAUUUUGAUGGGGUGAUUAAGCUCCUCGUGGAAAGUAACUCGAACAAAAUCCUGGGGUCUCAAAUUGUUGGGAAUAAUGCCAGCGAUUUGAUUCUCCCUCUCUCCAUUUAUGUGGCCAACGGGGGGUCCUCCAAAAGCCUCAGCAAGGUUAUUUAUGCGCACCCCACCUUCUCCGAGGUCAUCAAGGAGGUCGCCCUGCAGUCCUUCGACAGGGCCAUCCACAUGUGA